AUGGAGAAACUAGGAUGGGAUGACCCAGUUUCCCCAACAACGGCGCAUCGAUGGCACCAGUUCAGGGAUGAACUCAGUCAGUUGUCGGAGGUGCCACGGUGGCUUGGACUGCUCAAGGGCUUCGACAUGGAAAUCCAUGGAUUCUCCGACGCAUCCCAGGUGGCGAUGGCAGCUGUCAUCUAUAUCAAGGUUCCGCACCGACCUGGAGGUGCUCUGCUCCUUGCCAAGCUCAUACGAUACGUGCAGGAUCAGCUCAACCUCAGGACUGCGCCCACGUACCUCUGGACGGAUUCCUCAGUCACGCUCACAUGGAUCAGCUCCCACUCAUCACGGUGGAAAGAAUCCGUGAGGAAUCGCGUCGCUCUCAUCCAAGAGCUUACACAACCAGCUCAUUGGAGGCUGGUGCCUGGCAAGGAGAAUCCAGCAGACUGCGCUUCUCGAGGUCUCACAGCGCAACAGUUGGUAGAGCACAAACUGUGGUGGACAGGGCCGCCAUGGCUGCAACAGGACAGCUCAUCUUGGCCAACUCACGUCUUAGAGAGGAACCUCAAUGAGGACCUCGAAGAGAAGCCGGGACAACUUUACUACGGCGCCGCUCAGCAAAUAGCUAUCUGGGAUCUCAUCGACAGGUUCUCUUCAUUCAACCGACUGCUCCGGAUCACAGCGAUCUGCUCAAGGUUCAUCGCUCGACUUAGGAGGGUUCCCAAUACAUCCCUCCACUAUCCGCUUACACUCAGCGAGCUGGAAGAGGCACGGCUCCUGUGGAUCAAGCUCACCCAAUCAGCUCAUCUCAAGGACGAACUACGGACAAUCUCUAGAGGGGAGAGAUUCACCAGGUCCCAUCCGCUCACCAAGCUCACCCCGUUCAUUGAUCGUCAAGGGGUUCUGCGUGUAGGCGGGCGGCUCAGGUUCGCACAGCUCGACCCCGAGAGAAAAAAUCAGGCUAUCAUCCCGAGGAAAUCACAACUAGCUCACUUACUGAUAAGCCAAGCUCACCUACAGACACUUCACGGCGGGACACAGCUCACCCUUCGUCAGCUCAGGACUACUUACUGGAUCCUCGGAGGUCGAGCUCCAGUACGCUCCUUCAUCCUUAAAUGCGUGAAGUGGGACAACUGCCACCAGCCAGGCUUACCCCCGCUCGUGCCUUCCUCAACACGGGGGUCGAUUACGCCGGCCCCAUAUCGCUCCGGUCAUGGAAAGGACGGGGUCACAAGUCCUACAAGGGCUGGCUGGCUAUCUUUACGCUCCACCAGUCGGCGUGGGAUCGCUCACUCCUUAUUUAGCGACUGCGGUACCACUUUCCUCGGCGCUGAUAAGGAACUCAGGAGGCUCUUCUCUGCCGGAUCAUCCCAGUCUCGGCAGCUCGCCCAGCUCCUCGUCCAAGUUGGGACCCAGUGGUCCUUCAACCCUCCGAGUGCACCGCUCUUCGGAGGCAAAUGGGAGGCGGCAGUGAAGUCGGUGAAAUAUCAUCUCACCCGGACAAUCGGCGAGGAUCUGGUCACCUUCGAGGAACUCACCACCUUACUAGCCCAAAUUGAGGCAGUUCUCAACUCACGGCCGCUUGAACCGCUCACGGACGAUCCUGAUGACUGCUCGGCCUUGACACCCGGACACUUCCUCAUCGGCCAGGCUUCCACGACUCUUCCAGAGCCAUCCUUGGAGAAUCUUAACGCCUCUAGACUCUCCCGAUGGCAGCUCAUCCAAAACAAACUUCAAGGGUUCUGGAAGAGAUGGUCCACGGGGUAUCUCCAACGUCUUCAGGCGGUGUCCAAGUGGCACCACCCGACCCACGACAUCAACAUCGGCUCCUUAGUCCUACGCACGGACGAGAGGUUUCCUCCAUCAAAAUGGCCUCUCGCCCGAGUGACCGCUCUACACCCUGACAAGGAUGGGCUUACGCGAGUAGCCACGCUCCGGACCGCUCAGACGACGUUAACGCGCCCCAUCGUGAAGCUCGUGCUCCUGCCCGUACCAACGUCCGAGACCUAG